GACUGGUCACAGCUAUUCACCCGCAUAACUGAUCAUACGUAGUUACCUUGAUGGUACAUCCCAACGGUCUAGUAAUAGAGAUCGUCGUGAUGGUCUGAAUAUAUCCUACACGUAUCUCGUGCCUACCUGCAACGCCUACCUACAACUCAACAUCUCCGCUACCUGAUUCAGCUUCUGGUCUUCAUAAAUACAACUCUCUGGCGUGAUAUGACCAGCCCUAACGUUGCUCUGCCUGUGCCUGUGAAUACGACUACCUCGGACACCCCCCCCCCAACAUGCGGCCCAUACCUGGCGAUGAUGCCUUCUCCUCCCGCUCCCGGACAUCCAGCGACGACGGUGAUAAGGCCACUCCGCUCGCACGACCAGAUCAACCACCGAUGACCUUCUUCCUAGCCGACGAGAAGUCCAUGGAAGCUUCGCUUGACAGAUCUGUCUCAAACAGCUCCAAUCAGCGCCAUCUCCGCGAUCACCUCAAGCGAAGCAACUACGGCGUUGAGAGCAUCGAGACGAUAGCGUCACAAGACAGUUACGACCAAGAUACCACUGACGAGGGCCGGAAUACCCGAAGCCGCGGCAAGAAAUUCAACAUGAGCAGGACCAGCUCCGAAGGCCUUGCUGGCUCAUACUCUCCCUCGAGCGUGUCCUCCCCAGACGUCACUAGGAACACUUCACCAUCCGAGCCACGGCGAACCCUACCAAAUACAGCACCACUCUCAGCAACACCCUCCUUUCUCGAGUCACCCAUGUUAGGCUCAACAUUCCCCCACACACGACAACCGUCUGAGAUUGACUUCCUGACCGACGACGGUGGGAGCCAGGCUAUAGUUUCAAGUGGAGACGAGGACACCCAGUCACCGGAUGUCAUGGAAGGCAGCAGCAGCUCACAGCUGGUAAUGCCGAGCUUGCAAAUGCCCAGCAGGAGGCCGUUUACGGACAAGGGAAAGGAUAUGGGGAGGCUCAAGAUCCUGAUCGCUGGCGACUCUGGAGUGGGAAAGACAUCCCUCAUUAAGUCUAUUGUGCAGAGCUGCUCCGACAUUGUGUAUGUCGACCCUCUCGAAUCCAUACCAUUAACCGCGUCUGAGGCGGUGAGGAACUCCAGGCGGAAGUCUAAGGAUACGCUGCGUACACACUCAACCACAAAAAUCACAGAAGUAUUUGCAAGCACGAGGGCAUACCCAAGCUGGUGGUCAGAAUCUGAAGAUUCCAAGAUUCUUCGAAGGAGGAGAAGCAUGGGUGAUACAGUGCUGGAACGCAACCUCUGCUUUGUUGAUACGCCGGGUUAUAGUGGUGGGAUAUCUAGCAUGGAAUGCAUCACUCCCGUUAUGGAUUACAUCCAGUCUCAAUACGAACGUACCGUCUCAGCAGACCUUUCUGACGGAGAAUUAAUCAGCAUGCUAAGUGGUGGUGGAGGGUCUCAAAUCGAUGCCGUUUUCUAUGUUAUCAAUAGAAACAUAAAACCCGUAGACAUCGAGUACCUCCGCCGCCUCUCCCAAUUCACCAAUAUCAUCCCCCUUCUCGCCCAAGCCGACGCCCUCUCAACCGAGCAGCGCGAGCACCUCAAAUCCCGCCUAGCAAGCGACCUCGAAGCCGCCAACAUCCGCCCCCUCUCCCUCAACAUCGCCGAAAGCGGGCUCCCCCACCCCGGCAUCUCAACCCCCUAUGCCGUCUCCUCCCUUCCCUCCGACGACCGCGAGACCAUGGAUGCCAGCCUCCUAAUGUCACCAGACUACAUCCAACCCCUCGUCCCCACCGACCUCCCCGCCCUAAUCGCCCACGUCUUCCACCCCUCCGCAAUCUCCUAUCUCCGCCACCACGCCUCCCUCAAACUAGUCCGCCACCGAAAAUCAGCCCACUCUUCCAUCUCCUCCAUCCCUCGCUCCCUCCCCGCCCCGAUUCAGCCAUCAAAUAUACUCAGCCCCCCACUCGGCGCAGCAAACACCUUCGCUCUAGCCCGCAUCGCCGACCACUCUCAGCGCGAAGAGCGCCUUGCCCACAUCCGUCUUAGCACAUGGGCUGCAGACCUCCAGCGCAGCAUCGCCAACGAGCGGGCGCGCUUCGAGGCGCUGGCGCGUGGCGAACGCGCUGUGUGGCUCACGCAGCGGCUUGGAGAGUGCGUCGCUGACGGAACGCUGGUGGCUGUUUCACGCCCCGGACGAGGGAGGGCGGGGAAGUCGGAGGGGAGGAGGAGGGUGAUGCAUCGUGUUGGGAGGGGGAGGGAGGAUCCGUUGGGCUUGUUGGGGGUACAUGACCGUGUGGGCGAGGCGGUGUGGGUUGUUGUUAGGGUGGUGAGUGGGGUGGGGGUUGUGGGUGCUAUUGCGUUUUGGGCGUUGAGGGGGUGGAGGGGGGAGGAGGGAUGGGGAGUUGGGUGGGAGGGGUUGAUUGACUGGUAG